UCUUUAAACAUCUUCCUAUCCAGCAUGGCGGCGACCUUGUGUGCAAAAUUACUACCGAAACAAGGAUGGCUUCCUCUCACUCAGAGUGUCAGACAUGGAUCCAAAGCUGUGACUCGCCACAGGAAGCCCGUUCACUUCCUGAAGCAGAAGCUGCUGGCUGUCACUCAGUACAUCCCUCCUACACGGGUCAUUCCUCCAGGGGCCUUCCCAUCAGACGCCAGCAGGGCCCCCACUAAGGAGAGUGAUUUGGUGCUACUCAUGAGGAAGGAUUUGCAGAAGGUGUUCCAGGACUGUAGGAUGCUCGCUGUGGUUCAGAACAACGCCAGUAACGCCGAGGACAUGCUCCUCCUGAAGAACCGACUCCACAAACACAACAUCUUCAUCAAGUUCUUCCCCAACCAGGUGGUGCGGUCGUUCCUGCAGGACGGUAUCUACUCCAACAUGACUCCUCUGUUCUUCGGUCCGACAGUCCUGAUUGUCUGCAAAGAGCCGAAGGUGAAGGAGAUGCUGAAGACUCUGAGAUCCAGCCCACAGAUGACGCUAAUGGGCGCCUGCAUAGACAACACACUGCUGAGCCCUCAGGGUGUGUUGAGCUACUCCAAGCUGCCGUCGGUGUCGGUGAUCCAGGGCGAGCUGGUGAGCGGUCUGACGAUGCUGACCUCACACACGGCCUCCAUGCUGCAGCAGCACCCGGCUCACCUGUCGGCUCUGCUGCAGCAGUACGUCAAACAGCAGAGCCCCGACGGAGCCGCAGAGGAGGCACCCCCAAAAGCAGAGGAAGCCACGUAGAGCUUCAGAAAGAAACUUACUGGGACUGUUAACUCGCAGAUUAUGCAGCCGCUGGGAAAGAUGGUGAUGGGGAACUGUGGAGCAACAACAUUCAUAUCCAAGUUCAGCUUUGAGGAUUGGAGAUGGUUGGUUUUCCUCCCAGUCGUAAACAUCUGAGUGGAGCUGCAGACUGGACUGGUUUCAGUGAAGCUUUGACUGAACUGUGCUGCAGAAACAUCAGUGUCGCCUGAGUUAUUCUGUAUAUUUAAGAUAUAUUGUCAUACAUAAAUAAAUGAUAUCAACACAAUUAGUCACUGUCAAUGAAUUUGGUUGCUUUUUAAUGAUGGAUUGCAAUUGUUAAGUUUGAUGUUUUUGGUAUCAGAAAUUCAAGUAAACUAGAAACUAAGGGGGGA